CGCAGCCCUCCCCCUGCAGCCCCCGUCCGCUGACUGUAGCCGGCAGCCCCCGCAGCCCCCUAGCACCCAGCCCGCGUGCCACAGCCGGGCUGGCUCAUGGUGCCCCAAGCUGCCGGCCGCGCUGAGGCUUCUGCGGCCGCUGGGCCGACGGGAAUGCCCCGCGGGUGAGGCAGUCCCCAGCUUCCAGCCGCGUUCAUGGCGGUGGCCAGGAAGAUCAAAACUUUGCUGACGGUCAACAUCCUGGUGUUCGUGGGCAUCAUCCUGUUCUCCGUGUACUGCCGCCUGCAGGACCGCUCGGAGGGGCUGGUGCAGAUAGUGCGCAGCGCCGAGCGCAGGGCACGCAGCCGGCACACCAAGGGGGGUGUGCUGGUGGAACGCGAAGCCAUCCUACAGCGCCUGGACCACCUGGAGGAGGUGGUCUACAACCAGCUGAAUGGUUUGGCCAAGCCCAUGGGCCUGGUGGAGGGGCCGGGGGGCCUGGGCCAGGGUGGCUUGGCGGCCAGCCUGCGUGAUGACAGCCAGGAGGUGGAGGGCAAGUACGAGGAAUAUGGGUACAAUGCGCAGCUCAGCGACCGCAUCUCCCUGGACAGGACCAUCCCUGACUACAGACCCAAAAAGUGCCGACUGGCGGUCCCUGCCGACGGGCUGCCGCAGAUCGCUGUGGUGUUCAUCUUCGCCAAUGAAGCCCUGUCUGUCAUCCUGCGGUCGGUGCACAGCGUGGUCAACCACACGCCCUCCCGGCUCCUCAAGGAGAUCGUCCUGGUAGACGACAACAGCGAUAAUGUGGAACUCAAGUUCAACUUGGACCAGUACGUCAACAAGAGGUACCCAGGCCUCGUGAAGAUUGUCCGCAACAGCCGGCGAGAAGGCCUGAUCCGGGCGCGGCUGCAGGGUUGGAAGGUCGCCACCGCCCCUGUUGUUGGCUUCUUUGAUGCCCAUGUGGAAUUCAGCACAGGCUGGGCCGAGCCUGCCCUCACGCGGAUCCAGCAGGACCGCCGGCGCAUUGUCCUGCCGGCCAUUGACAACAUCAAGUACGACACGUUCGAGGUGCAGCAAUACGCCAGCGCAGCCCAUGGCUACAACUGGGGCCUCUGGUGCAUGUACAUCAUCCCGCCCCAGGACUGGCUGGACCGCGGAGACGAGGCGGCGCCCAUCAGGACUCCAGCCAUGAUCGGCUGCUCAUUCGUGGUGGACCGGGAGUAUUUCGGGGACAUUGGCCUGCUGGAUCCAGGCAUGGAGGUGUAUGGUGGAGAGAACAUUGAACUGGGCAUGAGGGUGUGGCAGUGUGGCGGCAGCAUGGAGGUGCUGCCCUGCUCCCGCGUGGCCCACAUCGAGCGCACCAGGAAGCCCUACAACAAUGACAUCGAUUACUAUGCCAAGCGCAAUGCCCUCCGGGCUGCUGAGGUCUGGAUGGAUGGCUUCAAGUCCCAUGUGUACAUGGCCUGGAACAUCCCCAUGACCAACCCGGGCGUGGACUUCGGGGAUGUGUCUGAGCGGAUGGCCCUGCGCCAAAAGCUGAAAUGCCGCAGUUUCAAGUGGUACCUGGAGAACGUGUACCCGGAGAUGAGGACAUACAACAACACGCUCACGUAUGGAGAGGUGAGAAACAGCAAAGCCAGUGGCUACUGCUUGGAUCAGGGUGCAGAGGACGAUGACCGGGCCAUCCUCUACCCCUGCCAUGGGAUGUCCUCCCAGCUGGUGCGGUAUAGUGCCGAGGGCUUGCUGCAGCUGGGACCCCUGGGCUCCACCGCCUUCCUGCCUGACUCCAAGUGCCUGGUGGACGAUGGCAGGGGCCGCACACCUGCCCUGAAGAAGUGCGAGGACGUGGCACGGCCUGCACAGCGGCUAUGGGACUUCACCCAGGGUGGCCCCAUUAUAAGCCGAGACACGGGCAGGUGCCUGGAGGUGGAGAUGUCCAAGGAUGCCAACUUUGGACUGCGGCUGGUGGUGCAGAGGUGCUCGGGACAGAAGUGGACUAUCAGAAACUGGGUCAAGCACACACGGCCCUGACCCCAGCCCUGCCCUGUGCCCUCCUCAGAAGUGAGCUGCCAAUCUGCUGGGUCCCUGCCCUGCUCCGCACCUUUUCCAGCUGGGACUUUGCCAUGGCUGUGGCCCUCUUCCAGGACAGCAGGGCCUCCCUGUGCACUGGAGGCAGAUGCCUGGGCAUGGGCACCCACCAGGAGCGCAGUUCUGCCUGAGUGCAUCAGCUGACAGCCAACUCCAGCUCCUAACCACGUGCCUUUUCUGCGGUAUUCCUGUCCAGGCCGCUGGGACGGCCAGCCCUCUGCAUGUGCUGAAGCCCUCUGUGCACCCCCACGCAGAAAUACCCACUGUGAACUCAGAGACGCUGAGCUCAUGACCUCUGCAGGCAGAGCCAUGGCCUCCCUGGGCCCAGCUGCUGCUGCUUAAUGGUUGUCUAAGCCAGAACUCAGACGAGCAGAGCUGCCUCCAUGGCGGGAGGCCCUGGCCACAGUACUAAGGACAGCAGAGCAGUGCUGAGAUGAGGGUGGUGUGGCUGCUUCAACCCAGCACAGAGGUGGAGAAGUCCACAGCUCAGACCUGAUGUCCACUAGGGUCCGAGCCAGCCUGCUGCCUGGGGCAGGGGUGCCUGGUCCAGUGUCUCACCUGGGGCCAGGUGCCUCUUCUGGAGUUGCUCUGCUAUCCUCAAGGCAGGGGUCAGCAAACCAUGACCCGCAGCCCCCUGCCUGUUUUUAUAAAUAAAGCUUUAUUGAC